AUGAAAAGCCGGGCAUCCUUCUUGGUGAUAAACAAGGUUCUGCGGAGUCGCGGCGGCAGGAAGAAAGGAACCCAGGAGGAAGUUGUCAGUAUCAUAGAGGUAGGAAACUUGGAAAUAAAGUUCUCAAACUCAUUAAUUAUUCAUAAAGAGAAAAUCACAACCAUGACACUUAGUGGUUUGGAUAUUGGAUACUAAUUACCAAAACAUUCUGCGAAUUUCAUCUUUGAUUUUUUUCCCAAGAAUUCUUGUUCUUUUGAGAAGGUAAAUCAAAAACUCCACUCUGCACUCUAAAUCCAAAAGAUCUGUUUUAGCCCCAAAGUGCUGAUUCAGCUCUAUAGGCCCUGGAGCUGAUUUGACCCUUCGUGGAGCCAUUUUGUCAAUUUGGUCUAAAUCGACCCCAAUAAAGACCAUUGCAGCCCCAUCGAAAACCGUUUUGGCCCACAGGAGAAAUUGUUUCAGCCAUGUGAUGCGUAUCGGCCCCUUUCACAAGAGCCAUUUCUACUCAAAAAAUAGAGACAUUUCAGGUUUUAGUCUAGUUGGCCCCUAUUUAGGGCUGACUUGGCCUAUACUAAUAGAGCUGUUUAGACCCCAUGAUAACGCAAAAUGGCUCGACCACUAGAACCAACACCGAUUUGAAGAAUAUAUGUUAAUCUUAUCGGUGUCUAGUCGGAAGCAUUAGUUCCUAAUCACUGAGUACGGGCCGCUUUAUCUUUAUUAUCGAGAGCUUCGAUAAAGGGUUUGUAGGUCGAAAGAGCAAGUUAUAAGACAUGGUUAGAGGCAAACAAGUUUACACAAGCAAGGUACGAAGAGCCCACAGGUAAGUCGUCUUGAGUCACCACGAUUUCUUAAAUGGCGCAUAUUGGACCGAAGAUCGUUGUUCUGAAUCUGUCCAUUUUAAUAUAGAUGAUUUUCUAGACGGAGACAGGAGCCCAUCAUGGAGAUGAUCAUGAUACUAUGGUUACAGUGUAUGAGGACGACAAAGAAUGCCGUUUUUAUUUUCCCUAUUUUAAGGAAGGAUUAAAAUUUAAGAGGAUAGUAAAGGCAGAGGCCGAGGAAAACCAGGUAAGAACAUUUUAUAGGUUAUUGUAAUUAAUUUUGCUUUCCCGCCAAGAUUUAAUGAUAGCGCGGGGUUUGGAUACGAAAACAUACACGUCACUCCCAUAAAUUCUUGCACACUACCAAAGUGCGCGCGCAUGUUUAAAAUGUUUAGGCGGGCUUCCAUUCAAUUCAACGGUCAGGUCAACGGACGCUCAAUAUUUUAAGCGAAUUUCAGUUUGAUUUUCGCUAAACUCGGCGAUUUUACUCCAAGCGAGAGAUAGAUCGUAGUCUAGAUAGAAGAUUCUUAUCAAGAUAAUUGCCGUGUUUUGUCUCAUUUGUUUCGUAAAGGAUCGAAGGAUGACAUCGCCGUUUGAAAGGUUUGUCAUGUACAGUGCUACAUUAUAUAAAACUGAUUGAAUGAAUUUUAAUACACAACAAUUCCAGACUAUUUUGGAAUCAAACAAGUUUUGCAGAUAACAGUUUGUACUUAAGUGCUAAAUAGAUCAGCAAAUUUCGUGAGUUUCCAUGCCCUGGACAUAGUUGAAGAAAGGCAAUUUUGUUUACUCAGCUGCAUCUUUUGACCUCAACUAGCCUUCAAAUCAGUUCCAAUAAUAUAUUUCAAGUUUCUUUAUUUUUCCACAAAUUUUUAAUAGAAUGUUUGGCUGCUACAUUUACAUGUACAUAGUAAGUGAUCAAGGUAUAUAUUCCAGUUAGGUGCGAAGCUUUAUGCUGAGGAAUCCUUUCUGUUAGGCAUUGAUUGAUCACUUUACAGUACAGUGUAAUGCUUAUGAAAAAUGAUCAAUGGUACAUUUCUAUUUUUUUUUUUUCUCAAAUAACGAUUUGGUAAGGUGAUCAAGGUAUGUUCCAGUUAGGUGCGAAGCUUUGAUGCUGAGGAAUCCUAAUUCUAGGCAUUGAUUGAUCACUUUUAUACAGUAGACAUGAAGCUUUGAAUAAAAAUAAGGUUCAUCGUCAUUUGGUUUUCUUGUCAAGAUCUACAGAUGCAUGUGGGGGUCAUUUGUGUGCAAAUUUACAUGUUUCCUCUAGAAAGUUUUGUAUGUUUAUGCGUGACUGGGAACUUGUAGGCAGUAUACAGUGUUGAUGUUACCACUGCUACAUUAAAACUGAUAGAGUGAAUUACAACAAUUUCAGACUAGUUUAACAUCAAACCAGUUUUGCAGAUAACAGUUUGUAAUUAAGUAAUAAAUAAAUCAGCAACUUCACGAGUUUCCACGGACAUAGUCGAAGAAAGACAAUUUUGUUUUGACAGCUGCAUCUUUUGACCUCAACUGCAAAUCAGUUCCGAUAAUAUUUCAAGUUUCUAUAUUUUUCCACAAAUUUUUAAUAGAAUGUUUGGCUGCUACAUGUACAUGUACAUAGUAAGUGAUCAAGGUAUAUGCCAGUUAGGUGCGAAGUUUGAUGUUGAGGAAUCCUUUCUGUUAGGCAUUGAUUGAUCACUUUACAGUACAGUGCAAUGCUUAAAAUGAUCAAUGGUACAUUUCUAUUUUUUUUCCUCACAUAACGAUUUAGUAAGGUGAUCAAGGUACUGCAUAUUCCAGUUAGGUGCGAAGCUUCAUGCUAUGAAAUCCUAAAAUUUUCUAGGCAUUUAUUGAUCACUUUACAGUUAGAAUCAAAGCUCAGAGUAAAAAUAAGAUUCCUUGUCAUUUGGUUGUCUUAUUAAGGAGUCUUUAAUUUUGUGUACAAAUUUACAUUUUUCCUCCAGAAAGGUUUGUAUGUUCAUGCAUGACUGGGAACUUGUAGGCAAAUUUUGGCAUCACAGAUUUUAUUUAAGUUUUCUGUGUGGUUGUUUGAGAAGACAGGAGUAAAAAGGAGACAAAGUGAAAGGAGAAAAGGCAGAAAACUAUAAAAAAAGAAAGCAAAUCUUAUAACUAAAACUAAUCAUUUGCUGGAAAUGACAAAAAGAAUCAGUGACCUUAAGACCAAGUGUAGUGCCAGUGAAAGCACUUUGGAUUCAAAUACAUGUAAUAAAGCAAUGGGAAUUUUGAAACAUAAAUAUUGAACUCUGAAAAAAUUACAUAUUAGUGUCUCACAGAAAAUUAAAAGUAGUUAAAGAAAUGAAGCAACACUAACUCGUAGUUAUGAAGACAGCUACAACAAUGACAUCAUAUUAGGUCGGAGAAAGUGUGAUGUUUUUAAGCUGUUGUCUUUGACACUAAGUGGGGCAUCAGUUAACGUCGCAGUUAUUCUGAAUUGACACUAAAACAGGGUUCUCCUUAAAUUUUAGCUCAGCAGGUAAGGGACCAUUUAUGGGCGGUAAGGCAAAAAAUGCUCCAGAGGCGCACUUUCCUAGGAGAAAUGGGGGAAGAGGGUAGUGAAGUGAGGGACAUGACCCUGCCCUCGCUGAGAAAUUUAGGAGCUAAGGUCUCUGAAAUGUCAUUCCUUCAUUUGAAGACCUAUUUCAAGCAAAUCAGUUGCUGUUAUCUUUAGACAUCAAUAUGUCAAAAUGUUUGAUUCCAGUAUGUUUUUUGGUCCAUAAAAAGAAAAGCUGUGCAUACUUUAGUACUUUGGCACAUAUUCAUUCAUUUCUUUGAUCGGAUCCGAUCGCUACUUGCGCAUUUUUUAAACUUACAAUAUUUAUUUUUAAUAACCCUUCAGCUGUUGCAGGCGGUGAGAACUGUUGCUUCAGGCAGUACAUUUUAACAGUUACCGCUUGAUAAGGAGAACACUGUAAAAGAAGCUGUUAUUGAUGAAGCCAAUCUUUUGUCGUGCAUCUAUCAUAAGGCAUUCCCCUUUUUUUGGUGUGUGUUUUUUGGAGGGUUGCAUAACAUGCUCAUACUAGUCUAGAGGCUUGUGGAAUGACAGGAAAUCAAACACUCAGUUACCAUUUUUAGAGAGCUCUGUUAAACUGGAAGUAGAUGUGUCACUGACACAUUAUGGUUACACAUUUUAAUGCUUUGUUGUAAGGGAUUUUACAUAUGACAUUAAAGGUGAUAAUAAUUUUUUAUCUCGAUUUCCAAAAGGUGUAACUUGGAUGAUUGGCAACCUAAAAUAAUAGUCUUUAAUAAAGCAUGCAAAAUAGAAUCAUUGAGAGUCAAAAUUCCUGCAAGCGAAAGAAGUUGACUCAAAUCAUGUCAUAUGCAUAUUGAUCUAGCUCUGUAUGAUGGAAAAUAUCCCCCUUGCUCAGCCUCAGAUGUCUUGAGCUUUGGGUAUACAUGCAUGGUUAGGGAAAUUUGCCAAAACAAACAGGUCAGAAUUAUUAUUGUAUCUACCUGUAUGAGCAAGUAUUAGGGACUGACCAACAUUUGAUAUACUGCUGGGGGACCUAAAGAAUGUUGUUACUAUGUAAUGCUGAUUGUAAUACGUUACAGGUCAAAGUUGGUUACAGGUUAAUUUUGAUUUAAUCUUGGUUGAUUCUCAAUUUCCUUUGUUUCCUAGCCCUAAUUCAUGAAAAAUUAUGGCUAGGAGACAAAGAAUAUUUUUACAAUACUGCAGGAGUGGUCAUGUGACAGUUUUGUAACAUAAGAUAAUAGUUUUUAUCGUAUGAAUUAAUAAAGACUAUUAUUAUUAUUGUUAUUAUUAUUAUUAUUAUUAUUACAGUGAAACCUCUAUUAAGCGGACCCCCAGUUAAGCAGACACCCUCUAUUAAGCAGACACUAAGCCGGGUCCUGAAAUUAAUGCUUUAUAGUUUCCUUUAUAACGAACCCCUAUUCAGCGGACACCUCUAUUAAGCGGACGUGGACACUAAGAUAAGGUGUAUUUUGCUAAUUUCUAUUGUUAAAAGCCUCUAUUAAGCAGACACCGUACUGAAUUAAUAAUAGUAGUAUUGGAUUACGUCCUUGAAAUACGGACUGAAGUCAGUUAAUGUUUUCGCAUUUACAAACAAACAAUUAAAGUAGGUAAUGAAAGGUAAUGAACUUGAAUGGCUUCUUUAACAACAUGCAACUUUAUCACAGUACAGAGUAACCGUUAAAUGUUGAUCGUUAACAAACAUUGCGCAAUUUUUACAAACUCUAUUAAGCAGACACUUGGGAAGGUCCCGAAGGUGUCCGCUUACUAGAGGUUUCACUGUAUUAUUAUUAUUAUUGCUACUGAGUCAGACUUGCAUGUAUUAAAAGACUUUCAUCUGUAAUGUUAUUGACUACUGGGUAAAUUCAUAGCUUAAACUGCUUAAAGCUUACAUGUACAUUAUUGCAACUCUAUUUUAGGUGGCCAUGUUACUUCCUAUGAUUAGCAGAGUUAUGUAAAAUUUGCAUUUCUAGUUCUUGAUAGAUGAUAACCAUUCAUUGUAUUACACUACUUAACCACAGCUAUCAAGAACAGUAUUUUUCCCUUUUUGUCAAUGUAAAUUAUCUUGUUUAUUAUUGCCACAUGUAGUUUAAUUUGGGAAACUGUAUGUUAGUAAGUGUACAACUUGUUGAUGUUGUUCUUUCUUGCUUUUUUGACAGAGAAAUGCUUCAGUUGAUGCAGAAAUAGCAACUUUCAUAUAACCGCAAACUGUUGCAAUUGAAGAGGCCUUUGAUUUCAACAAAGUGUACAUUGUGUGUGACGGAAUAAUGUUAUGCACCAUUCUGCACCAGAGUAUUGUAGAGAGUAUAAUUUCUUUGCUGUCAUCAUUUUAUAUAGUUAACAUGGUAAUGGUAUAUAAAGGUCAUUCAGACCUUGUCGAGUGUCAACACACUCUUCAAUGGCAUUUUCAAUUUGUAGUAGUGAAAUGUAUAGAGAAAAGCUCUACUAACUUAACAGAACAAAUUUUUGCCUUCUUUUUCAUACUUUUACGAUUUGGGGGUUAAAACGUCUCAAGCAAAAUGCCUUUAAAAUGCUCAAAGGCUCCUAAGAAGUUAUACUCACUUCUACUGUGAUCAUUACAGCUGUAUGUAGUGCUUAAAAUUCAGCACCAACCCCUCUAUUUUGAGCCUAAUGAACUUCUUGGCAACCUUGAGAGUUUUAAUUUAGCAGGGUUCUGCUGAGUCACUUUCUGACAUUAUUUUUAUGAAAUUUGGUAUUGGGGCUUCCAGCAGUAUUUUAUAAAGUUAUCUUAGAGAUGUACAUUCCAAACACGGCAAGAAAACCCUCAUUUACCAAUAAUUUUACAAAACGGUAAAUCCUAGAAAAUUCGGCAUUCACCAUCUGUUUUCCCACUCCUGAAAACAUCCCGAAAAUUGCUAAUUUUCCUUGUGUGAAUCCAAGGAAAAUUGGGAGUUAACUUGGCGUUUUCCUGCACUUGAAAAUCUCAGGCAAACACCGUAUUUUACAAGGCGUUUACAUGUAUUUUCCAGACCAGGUGAACGCGCAGUUUGUGCGGCAUUUUCCUACUGUAUUUGUUAACAGUUAACGCAAGGAAAACAUGUCAUUAACCUACGGUUUUCCACCUCUAGAAAAACAUCGACGAACAUGUUGUUUUCUAAGCGUUUUCUGUUGUUUUCCGCGGUGGCCAAACGUAGAGUUUUUCGCGGGUUUUCAUUUGACAACAAAACAUAAGAAAAACAUGACGUUCAUUUGCCAUUAUCCUUCCAGUGAUAAUGCUGCGUUAGCUCCCCGUUUUCCUUAGUAGGUGAAUGCGGUGUUUUCUAACCGUACCUGUUAACGGUUAACUCGAGGAAAACAUCAUCAGGGACACAGAAAACGUGGGUCUCGCGAAAAGUUUGGCCCGAUUUCGAAGAUCUCAGAAGCGUUUGUGAUGCCUGUCUCGAAGUCUCGUUUUCAGGUGACUCCGUGCGUUUCGGAGUUUUUAAAUCACGGCCUCGAAUUUUAAAACCAGGGUUUCUCAGUCUCGCAGUCUCCAAUUUACAAUUCUUUACCAUUAUCAUCAGGGGCACCCAACGGCAAUUUUCGGGAAAAUAUCUGUUCGGAAGACGAUUUGAGAUCUAGAAUUUUCGGAGCAUUUGUUAUAAAAUUUCUUGCUUGCCUGCCUCUCCUAGGAUUUUCGAACAUCUACAAAAUGGUAUAAUUACUCAUUUUUAACGGAUUUUGACCCUAAAAAAGGCCACCUAGAAUUUUCGGGAGCCUUUUCCUGGCUGAAAUUUUCGAGAAGGUAAGUAUUUAUCCCUAUAAUUUUCGGAUCACUAGAUUUUCAGCUAGGAAAUCCGAACAGAUGAAACGUUUUUAGGGGAUAAAAAUAUGCCUAUAUCUACCGUUUGAAUACUAAUAUACGUUCAAUAAUGCUAUGUUAAGUGGUUUUGAACUAUAUCCUCGUUGGGUGCCCCUGUAUCAUCGAUCAGGUUCCAGCGUGAACCGAGAUCGAACCACCUCGAUCUACCGAGCCGUUUUCUGCAACCCGUAUACCGACUUCUGGUCACUUCUGUAACUUACCAUUACGAGAGACCGUUGUGAUCAUCAAAAUGCCAGUCUAUUAAACCUUAUUACAGAAUGCAGCAUUCAGAAAGCGGACUUGUUAAUAAUUUGUAAUGGUAACAGGACUGAGUGGAGUCCAAUUCGGUCUGUAAUCAUACGAGUGAUUAACAAAAUCGGACGACCGCGUAGCGGGAGUCCGAUUUGUUUAAUCACAACAAAAUUUGUGAUAUAUAGGGCUCUUUUUAAAUCAAAACACAAGAAAUUCCAAGAUUUUUUCGCUAGCAAUGAAAAAAAAAAGCCAUUUAAGCACGCGCGUGAUGGCGCGUACUGUCGACCAAUUACUUAGGCAUGACGCGUACUGUCCUAUUUAACUGUCCAAUUAAGGCUGAAAUCAGGGCAGUUGAGAACCAAUCAGAUUUGAGAAUUUUGUUAUAGUUAUGAUUAAUAGCCAAAUUGGGACGUUGCUGUAGACCCUGUGAACAGAAAGGACAACUUUUUUUCCCAGCUUAUACAGGUUGUUUUAAUUUUACUGGAAGGGAAAUGGAUUUGAUGAUAUUUGCCUCAAAUUCAAAUCUAAGACAAAUCUGAUGUCAGAUUUGUCCACCCAACAAAUGUCGCAAAUGUGAGACAAAUCUGUUAUUACACUUGUCUCGAAGAAAUGUAGGACAAAUGUGUUUCAAAUAUGCUAUUAUGUUUGCCCUUGUAAAAAGUUUUUUUAAAACAAGACAAAUGUGACGAGUAAAAAUUCUUUAUCGUUAACUUUUCAUUAAGUAUAAUCGCAAUUUAAUUUUCCAACAAUUGUUUCGAAACGUCAGGGAUACUCCCUGAUUCCUUGUCUAUCCGAAGACGACACGUUACUGAAGGACAAGUUAUUAAGGGGAAAAGGAAAGAAUCAGCUGUCAAUGACCGACCUUGGUAACUAUUUUGAGAAUAUUUUAUUUGGAAAAAGUAAAGCUCCUCUUAAUAAAUUUAAUGGCGGGACAUUCUUGUUACGCUUUUUCAGUAGACAGUUAAGGCAGUUUGGGUAUUCUUAAUACUUUUCUGUUAUUUAAUCACUGAAGACAAUUUGCUGUCUUGGUAAAUAUUGAAUUGGAUAGGAUGGGGGUAAUCAUUGUAUUUGUUAGUUCACUCCAUGAUCAUUUUUUUGCCUUUUGGUUGUGACAUCUAGCUGAUAAUGACCUUUGUAACAUUAGGCACUGAGAUAGCUGGCUUAUUUAGGGUGUCAUGGGCAUGACUGGGUAUUUGGUGAUUCUGGUACGUUCAGUGAUAUCUGACAAUGAAUAGAUUAUUAAUUGCCCAUACAUAUUAUCAGGUUUGGUAAUGUACACUGGUCCUGAUUCUAUCCACGGGGUGGGUGAGAUAUGAAGGGUUGCAUGGUAACUGUUUGGUUUGGGGUCACUUUGGCAUUUUCUCAUAAUAUUUCAGAAUCUCUAGAGUAAUUUGGUUGGCUUUACAUUUUUUUGCAUGCCUCUUGAACAGCAUUAAUGUACAUUAAAGAUAUGUGAUCUUAGACUAAUAAGUUUAAGUUUAAGUCGACCUUCAGACUUAGUAGGAGUGGAGUAAAUGUUUCAGACGAUAAAAAUACUAUAUUUCACUCUUUGACAGGAGACAAUUCAUUCUAAAUAGGCACUUUGCAACACUUGAAUAGCAAAAUAAUCAAGAUGACCUACAGAUAUACAACAGGAUCCUGACUUUGCAAACCCUUGUUUUUUUUUUAUAACCUCCUGACAAUUCAAACCAAAACUGACUACCUUUCCCCAAACCAGGGUACAAAGAAAAUCAUUUUUACAGCUUGCCAUUCGGGCAAGCUUAAGCUAGCAUUUACUAGCCAAGAUGUCAUUUCAACUAGCCCCAAAAACGUUUUGACUAGCAGAAUUGAUUUCAUGGUUCUUCUGUUAUUCGAUCCUCAAAAAACAUCACUUGCCCAUUGGGCAAGUUUAAAGCAGAAUUCACUAGCCCGAUAGCAAAAUCCACUAGCCCUGGGCUAUCGGACACAGUACUUUCUUUGCACGCUGCCCCAAACACACACUUAUCCUAAAACCAAUUAUUAUUAAUUGAAUAUUUUUCAUUUUCUGCAAGAGGUUUGGCAGCUUUUGCACUAUCCCUGAAAAUAGAACACCUGAGUGCAGGUUAGCCCUUGGUCCCCCUAGAAGCUAGCCCUUGGCACUCAUUUAGGAACUCGGUCAGUAUUUAUCCUACAUGUGCAUUGUAAUCAAAAUAAAAAAUAGAACUAGAAACACUGUACAAUCAAGAAUUCUGGAUAAUUCGUGUCCAGAUAAUAGUUUUAUUGAGGUUCAACUGUACCGUGUUUUCUUGGACAAAUGAAAAUUAAACAACAGAGGAUGUCAUCAUUAACAAAAGUUCCCACUAAUAUUUUCCUAGAUACUAGCAAUGUUGAACUCAGCUUGUUACAGCGAGAACUUUUUCCCUCUUGUGAAUUAUUUCUCCAGAUAUACAGUGUGAACUGAUUCUCUGAACUGGAAUGAAACAUGCAGGUCCAAACAAAUCAAAUGUAUUACACCAGAUUUCCAGGGGAAAUCCAAAUUCAUAGCGAUCUGGAUGUUUUGAAUACCAGUUCACUCUCGCAAAAUAAAAUUCAUAUUUCUGGACAGCUGAAUUGGAUGAUACUGGUUUAGUCUUAAUGCACUGACGGAAGAAUGUGAUGACUUUUCCAGGUCUUUGAUCAUCAGAUCCUCUGCUUGUGGCUAAUGAUCCUUCUGUCCCUGCCCAGUUAGCCAGAAUAUAAGAAUUUCUUGUAGUUUGGCUUUGCUGUGAUCCAUAAAGCACUGAACCAACUUUAAUGGCUUUGAAUUCUGAGAUAGUAAAUGGCAUUUCGAUGGAAGUCCUUGCAUCAAGUCCCAGAAGCUCCUGAUACACUACUUUAAGUGCAUUUAGAUCAUCACUGUCCAGUGAUUCAUCUUUAGCAGGUGACACUGGAGAAAUGCAACUGUUUGCUGUCCAGUCACAACUGCUCAAAUCUUUAAUAGAUGCUUCCCUAUGUUCUUGUAGACUAAGGUAUUGUUCUAGUGGCUCCUGAGUUAUCUUGACUGACCCUGAACCCUGACCAUUCUCGAAAAAUUCAGUAAAAGAUUCUUGAUACAAUUCAGGGUACUUGAAGUUCUUAACUUUAGCUUGCAUUAAAAAUUUCCUCAUUAACUGAAUUUCAAUUGAACGGUUAUUAGUGUGAAAAGAGCCCAAAAUGCCAUUAAAUCUUUCAAAACUAAAACACCAGAAAGAAUGAUGGUAAUUGUUUUAAUUGACCAAGAAGGUAUACUGUACAUCCUUCGCUGUUAGGACUGGAAUAGAGGGGAGUAAAGUUUGUAAUAUUAUACGGCUUCUAUUUGCAAGUGUGUGAUGUGUGUUUCUUUCUAUGUAAUUCAUUUUCCAAAAGAUUAACUGAUUGUUACCCUACUACAGGGUUGUCACUAACAUUUCAAGUUGCUGGGUAAAUACAACAAGUAGGUGGGGAAUCAAACGGCUAGGGAUUUCUUUUGGUUCUAUUUUUCUUCUAUUUUCCAAAAAAAUAAAAGUAGCUGGGGGCCACUCUCUUAAUUAGUAGCCGGGGAAAAUCCCAGGCCCCCGGCUCUUAAUGACAACCCUGCUAGUAGUCAUAAGCUGUUUCAGAGUCCUAACCGAACGCAACUACAUAAGUUUAAGAGCAACAACUAACAUCAUUAUCUCUCGCUCAGUGUUAAUUUUUUACAACAGUGUUGGGGUUCAGAUAAUCAGUGUAAAAGUAGCUUUUGAGUUGCCAUGUGAUGUUUUGUGCAAAAAAUUAGCUGAAUUACUGAGUUUUUUUUUUUUUUUUCUUUCUCUCUCUCUCUCUCUUGUAUGUAGAAGCUUGAUAAAAGAUUGAAAGCCGUCACUGAGGAGGAAAGGGAUGGUGACCUGUUUUCAGCCCUUCAUGUAAGCCUUGUGUCUUCAGAGGAGUCUGACACGGAAGAUAAUUCCUUGAGAACCAGGCCUCUGUCUUGGAGAACAGAGAAUGUCAACAACUUUUUUAAACUUUUGGAUGGAAGAGCAAAGGCAGCAAUGACCUCCCAACAAAGGAGACAAUCAGUUAGUCGAAGACAAGGUGUUGCCAGUGGAAGAGGGACAGACACUGUCCCAGAACAUUUGCAAUGGGCUGUGUGCGAUUCCCCAUAAGUCAGUAAAUAAGUAAAUAGGGAGCGUUUCUCAAAAAGUUGGAGCUGCCUUUAAAGGUUAAGUUGAAGUGACUAUAUAAAGCAGACUGAAGAGUAAAAUGUAACAGCUCAGUCUUAUUGAUGUAGGCAUAACUUAUUUCAAAAAGAAAUAUGAUUUUUUUAAUGAUUGUUAUAUUACUCAAUCUGCAAUCUUUGAUUUCCUUAAGCAAAUUUGUUUCCAAAAAAUGAAUUGUGAACAGCUUCUAUUCUUUAAAUAUAAAUAAUUUUUUGCAUCUUAGGAAUUAACCGCAUAAUGUUUGUUACCCAGUAUUCAGUUUGGUGUCAAAAUUGAUGUGCAUCAGAACCAUGAGUUCAAAUCACAAACAUCUUGUUUCUGUAUAGUUACAGUUGUAAACACAUAGCUUUAAAAGGUUCUUUAAUACACUUUAUUGUCACUUCAUUAUAAGGUAUUAAUGCAAGAACUAGAUUUUGUUGGACUUUAGACUGUUUUUGUUUUUGUUUUUGCACUUCGCAUAGAGUUCAGCCUGAGAGUUCUCAAUGUAGAAUGUUAGCCAUGUUUUUCUUUAGUGUAAGCUAGGUUAUAAUUUUGAAGACCACAUCUUCUGACAAUUUCAUUUAUAGAAUUAGACUGCGAGCACUGUAACACUAAGGGUAUGAUAUGUAUGCAAUGCCAUGUAAAUAAAUGUUCAGAAUUUACAGUUCAUAUAUUGGUUCUUUUCAUCUGUGCACUCUUUAUAAGUAAGUGGGAAGGAAACAUUUUACUCCCUUGAGUUUUACACGCAUUUACAAACAGUAAUAACCAGAGGACCUCAAUUGCGGGGUGGGAAUUACGGAAAAGCUAUGACAUACAAGAGAUUUUCCCUGUAUGAAUUAAAUUAAUACUGAAUGUUACAACACCAUUGAAAACACGGCAGGAAAAAGCAAAUUGUUAAAACAAAAGCAAUUUCCAAAGGAGAUAUAACGGGAAACGCGGGAAAAUUUUGCGUUUUCCUAACUUCACACGAAUUUUCUGUACUUGAGAACGCCAGAAAACUAGUAGAAAACGACCGCUAACGCUGGAAUACAAUCCGUUUUCCAUGCCUGAACUUAUCAGUGAAUGCUGGAAAACGCGAGUUUUCUUGAAUUUACUUGAAUUCUCUGUCACGGAAAAUGAAAGAAAACGCAAGAAAACUGCUUGCAAAAGUCGGAAUAACGCGCAGUUUUCCUAACGGUAAGCGAUCGGUAAACGCUGGAAUACAUGCGAUUUUCCUGGAUUCAGCGGUAUUCACCGUUUCGGAAAACGCCGGAAAACGUCCGCAAAAGGCAGGAUUUCACUCGUUAACUGCGGUGAACUCGAGGUUUUCCCGUCUGAAAACUCAGGGUAAAUGCCGGAAUACAAGACGUUCACCGAGUGUUAACCGAUCGGUGAACGUCAGCAAACGCAUGUUUACCGGCGUUCACUGAAUAGGAAAACUGAUGGAUAAUGGAACGAAUACUCGAAUUAACCGGAGUGAAAACGUUUGGAAAACGAAGGAUUUUCCGCUUGGUGAAUCUCAGAUAAUGCGGGUAAAUUGCGCAUUCUUCGUUAAUUCACCGCGCGUUUUCUCAGUGGGAAAAUGCCACUUUUUUUGCCGUGAAAUUUUUGUUAAGUUUGCUAAAAAAUAAUAAUAAUAAAAUAUUUUUACAUUGCACUGAGCAUGCCUCUUGUGUAUUUUAAAUGAGAGGGCAAGGUAAUGAGAUUAGAUCUACCACAAAAUUAGAACACUUUUAGGGUAAAUAGCUGUUAAUUGUAGGCUCAAAGAGUAGUUUUAAACUUACUUGCACCUGAAGGAGAACUAAAGUUUAUUUUCCUUUGGGCUAUAGUUAGGCCUUGAUUCUAAAUGGCCCAAAAAUGGGGUCAUUUUAUAGAAUACCAAGAACCAUUAUAAUCCCUGUGGAUGGGCUGUUAUAAAUAAUUAAGGUCCAAAACGGCUCUGGUAAGAAAUUCCAUUUCAGACAUAAUGGUACCGAUUUAGUCAUAGAAAGUACAUUUGUUUUAACUCCCCAUUGGGUCAAAUUGGCCACGAAAUAUGGGCCAAUUUUCAUCUUAACUGAAGGUAUGAAACGGCCCUGUAAGGGAUGAAUUGACUCUUAAAAUGAACCACUUCAACCCUAUUAGAAACCAAAACUACUCCCUAUUUUUCCAAAACAGCCCUUUUGCCUCUUUGUUGUGGCCACUUAACAGAGGGCUAUUUCUACCCCGUUCAUUGGGGCCAAAACGUCUCCAUUCUAAAUGGGCUACUUUAGCCCCAAAAAUAGUACUGUAUUUUACUCACCGAAACGGCCCCAUUUUUGGGGCCAAAACAGAUCUUUUGGAUUUAGAGUGUGUGUUUAGUCCAAAAUCCAGAUAUCUCAAAGUCAGCUGUGCCUCAUUCUUUAACCCGUGAUUAUUCCUGAUAUUGUGGUAUGAAAAUACUAUAGGGUCGCCAGUGAUAAACAUAAUUGCAACAAACAAAAUACAGUAUAUUGCACAUGUAUACUUGUAAUCUGAAAUGAAAUACCACAUUUAUUCCCUAAGUGCCCUAAGCUUUAAUAAUUAAACUCUUUCUCAAGGUCUACAAAUAUUAGACCUUGAGAGUGGGUGCUUAUUAACUUUUUCUACCUUUAGGACAGGAGCUUACUUAAAUAAAUUUGAUAAGCCAUUUAUUUUGUGACAAAAUUAUUAACAGUACAAUAAUGUAGGUGUAUUGUUUAAAAGGAGGGUGGACCAUACUGACUUAUUGUGUGGUUAUGAACAUUUUGCUAUCAUUUCUAAAAUUGCAACAUUAUGUUUUUUUGUAUUGCAGAGGGAUGCAGAAGUGGAUGAUGCAAUAGCAGGAUUUGUCCAGCCCCAGAUUUUAAUUGUCAGAGAUAUCUUUGACAUAGAUAUAAUUUACAUUGUGGCAGAGGGAGGAAUUAUUUGCCAACUCCCCCAGAAAUCGAUUUUAGAUGCUCUGCUUGGAUUGCUUGGGAGUUUUUACAUUUUUAAUGUCUCAUAUAAUCAAAGCAAAGCCAUCCUAACUUUCCUGGAGCAGGCUUUGCUGGAAAUUGGACGGGGGCAGACCCUUGUCACUGUUUCAUUCUUUUUUAAUGACUUGGCAAGUGCCUGA